GACGUUCCGAGGACCAGGCACUUUCUUCCUUCAGCUUUCCAUCCUCCGGGCCUCCCUCUACACUACUAUCUCUUCAGAUCCACACUUAGUCCUGGUCAUAUCCGGCUAACGGCUCUUGACGUCGUACCCUGACCGAAAAGUUGAGAGUUCGUUGAGCUUGUCAGUCAUUCGCAAACUGAAGCUCCCGUCUUUUCUUCUAGCCGCGACUGUCCUUGGCGCCUGCCGGCCUCGCAUCUUGUCACACCUAUCCUUUUCCCCUCCCUCCUACGGGCAACCCUCCAGCCCGGGAAUUCACUUAUCAAUCGACAGCAUCCAUCAUCUGACGUGGUGUUUUGCCGUUCCGAUACCUCGCUACCCAGCUAAUACGACCUCCUGCCGCGAUUGGCCCCUCCAUACACUGUUGACGGACAAGGCGACCCGUCUUCAAAGCUGACUGACUAUAUCGAUCCCGUCAUAGGGCCCUCACAUUUGCCCUCAACUUGGACGACGACCACUUCUCUUCGGCCCCCAACGCCGCCGGACACCAGAGGGCUUUCCCGCGCCCUAACGUGCCUGAGCAAACGCUGCACCAACAACGGCGGUUGUGCGAGCGUACCGCUUGGCCGUCUAGUCGAACUGGGUUUCUUUAGUCUACCUACCUAGGCUUGCGGUCAACAAACAGUUGGCUGAGUGUAGCGUUCACCUUCCGCCAUCCGCUCACUAGUCGAGGAAUGUUAAGCCCACGAUACUUGUCCAACUAGUCUGUUCUGUCCGUCUCACCAAUUUCACGACGACGCCUCUUUCCCCUUGCCAAAGCAUAAGCGACGACAUUGCCUACCCACAACUGCACCACAGCGACAACGCGCGUCAAUUGCGACCUUGCAUUUGCCUUCGAUAACUCCGGACGGGAUGCAGUAACCCUGCAAGCGAACCCCCAGCCUUAUCGAUACAAACAUUCGCGAUCGCCAGGGGCCAGAAGUGGUCAUUUCGUUCCAAGCGCUACCAAGCCCCUCAUUCGCGACUCCGUCGACUGCCCAGUUGUGGCACGGCGAAGCCGGUCUCUACAACACGUUCAUGAUCCGCUCGUCAUCUUCGACCAUAUCCUCACUGUCAACACGACGAACCUGUUCCGAACAACUUCGCACCCGGCGCUAACGGCACCAUGAAUGCAUUAGUUGCCCAAUAUGCUCCGGCCACGGUGAGGAUAUCGGGACCACCCAACAGCAGCUUUCUGGUGGGCUACCCCGGUAUCUCUGCCACGUUGCCAAGAAUAGUAGGGAAAGUCGAGAUCCGACCAAGCGCUGGCUUUUCCGCACCCGUCAGCGUAUCCAUGGUGCGCAUCUGCCUCCAGCGACGAGAAACCAUACACCCUGCUGCCGAGAGCAUGGCGAAACGACAUCUCGGCACACCGCGACGCGAAACCGUGGACCUGGUGGGCAAAGAGGUGCUGCUAUUCCGGUGUGUAUCGGGGAAAGAGGCGGAGAGCGUAAUAGCAAUGGACCUGCCGUUCCAGAUAUUUAUACCCUAUGGCCGGGGAGGAGAGGAAAUAAAUCGUCGAAUUCCGCCUGCGAGCUUGCAACUGCCCAGCCGAAUCGCCGAAACAUACUACGAGCUCGUGGUUACUGUCCAACAAGGCCAAAGCACACAAAACAGAUACACCUUCCCCAUACCAAUACAGCGAUACGAUACCCUUUCGACAUUUGGAAUGUACAACCGGCCCGAAAGCAAGGUUGUCACGGCGGAUAGCAUCGUGACCUUGGGCAUCUCACUACCAAAAUGGAGCUAUGGGCCAUUAGAUCCAAUAACAGUCUUUAUCAAGCUGGCCCCAAAUCCGGACAUGAUGAACAAGGCAAAAAAGGUUACGAUAAAUAAGAUAACAUUGGCCAUCGAGGAGGAAAUCACAUUCAACCCCGAGGGCGACGAACCAACCAAGAAAGUCAACAAGAUCGCAAAGCACACACAACCAGUAGGGGUCAAGUUGACCGAGACCGGCUAUGUCACAAACUUGGGGCUUGUCUUUCCGGCGCGAGAUCUACGAGACCCCGACGGCAUUGUCAAGCGCGGAAAACCCGGGUUUCCCAUGUACGAAGUUACGAGCUUUACGACGUCAUCAACAUUGUACAAGAUUGAGUUCUUUUUGAGCAUAAAAGCACACAUGAACUCUGCAAGGGACAUAACUCUACGACAACCGAUCGUUAUUUGCCCAAUGGACCAGCAAGCGUGUAGGGAUGAGAUGGACGCGAUUGAGCAAGCAGCAAAGGAUGCAUCCAAGGUCGACCCAAACAAUCCGAUGCUCCCGGACCGAGUCAUUGUCCGAUCCAACGAGCGAGAUGCGAUACGGCAUCUCGGGCUUUGCGAGGUGGGAGGAGUGAAGAAGAUGCUGAUCGAGUGAAUGGAACCCGAUGACCGGCAACUGGCAUGUUGUCGGUGCGAUAACGCCGUCCACGGAAUCCGGGGUCAGAGUAGAACACCCCGUCCAUCGAGAAGAGAGGAGGCCGCCCGACAAACACCGGGAAAUUUGGGGUCGAACAGCCAACGUGGCGUUGAAAAGAGUGCUGUCACACACCAUCAUCAUGCUGUACGGCCGUGACCUUGACUAGGGUCGAUAGCCUACUAGCACAGGGUACGAUCAAAUAAAUACGUGAUGGAAGUACUCGACGGUCCGCGGCGACUCUUCGAGCGGCACUUCGGGAGAAUACGGAGUGCCCUGAAGAGCACUGCUAUUGUUGAGCCGGGACGAACAUUGAAGGUUCCCAUUUGGAACAUCUUCCACCGACAGGCUGGUAUCAGAUUCGGCAUGCUUAUGGGUUUGUUUCUAUUCCCACGACUGUCAAGUAUGUUGGAAGGGGCAACUUAGGCGGGUGCUUUCGGGGCGUUGCUCGGUGACAUGUUGCGGGGGUUCUUGGGUUUUUCUGGUAUGAUAACUUAAUCGGAGGAUAUACCGGGGCUAGAACGGCAGGUCGAUAAAGGGACAAAGAUCAUAAUGACUAGGGUGACAAUUUUCUACUUCUUAUAAAGUGGGUGGGAACACAACGGUGGCAUUGUUGUCAAAGGGAUAUACGAGUCUUUUGAUAAUCAUGGAGGCUGUCAAUGAGACGUUGGGCGGAUGUGUACGUUUAUUAGUUUCAGAGGCAAGCAAUGGCAAGCCAGCCAGUCACAUCAGAUAACUUUAUUGGCGUAUGGUGUUGGAAGGCGUUCAGGUAGCGGAAUGAAGAGGGUUGAUGAAAC